GCGAGAUUCAUGAAGAAGUACGGCAGUUCUUCGCGAUUGAAUCUUUAGGUAUAACAGCUGAGCCGCGAGAAAACUCCGAUGACCUGCGGGCUCGGGCUUAUCUGGAACAGACUAGUAAAUUAAUAGAUGGAAGGUGGCAUGUUGGGUUGCCGUGGAAAGAUACUAAUGCUAGGAUGCCUAAUUCUUUUAAUUGCGCAAUGACCAGGCUAAAGGGAAUAGAAAGAAAAAUGAACGCUAGCGAGGGCUUUGCUGAAAGAUAUAGGGAAAGAAUAAAUCAUUUGUUUCAAAACGAAUUUGCUGGAGAGGUGAUAGAUUUGUCUCCGAGCCCGCGAACAUGGUACUUGCCCCAUUUUGGUGUGGACAACCCGCACAAGCAGAAGUUGCGUUUGGUUUUCGAUGCGGCUGCAAAGUGUCAUAAUCUAAGUUUGAACGAUUACCUGCUGACGGGUCCUGAUUUGCUCGUUUCACUGCUGGGCAUAAUGAUGAGGUUCCGGGAACAUAAAAUCGGAAUAAUGGGGGACAUAAAGGACAUGUUUCUUAGAAUAAAAAUCUUACCUGAAGAUCAAGAUGCAUUACGGUUCCUAUGGCGUGACAACCCUAAGAAAAAACUUAAAAUCUGCGCCAUGACAUCCUUGAUCUUUGGUGCAAAUUGUUCGCCUUUCAUCGCUCAAUUCAUCAAAAAUAAAAACGCACAAAUGUUUGAGUCAUCGAAGCCAGCCGCGGUGAGCGCGAUCCGUUUACAGCACUACAUGGAUGAUUAUAUUGACAGCAUUGAAAAUAUAGAAACUUCGAAAAAAUUAAUAGAAGAUAUAACUUAUAUACACAAGCAAGGCGGCUUUGAAAUACGUAACUGGGCAAGUAAUUGUGACAAUGUUUUAAAAGUCAUCCCUACUGAAGCAUUGGGGCCUAGUGCUAUAAAACUCAACAUUGAACAGCACUCCGAACGUACUUUAGGCCUCAUGUGGUCUCCUAACAUAGACACGUUAGGUUUUGAUGUAUCUUUUAAGCGCAUCCCUUCAGACAUACUUUCGGGGAAAAAGAUACCUACGAAAAGAGAAAUUUUAAGAGUGAUUAUGUCAAUAUUUGAUGUGUUUGGAUUUCUAGCGCCAUUCACAAUCAAAGGAAAAUUAAUAUUACAAGAGACAUGGCGAUCUGGAAUCGAAUGGGACGAACCACUUAAUAGUGAACUUUAUUCUAAGUGGACCGAAUGGUUAACUUUGCUAAAAGGCAUCAAUAAGAUAUACCUACCGCGUCACUAUCAAGCGGCCGCGCGCGCGAGCGAGAUGGAGAACGCAAUGUAUGUUGCACCGAACAGUGCAAGCGAUUAUAAUGCCUAUUCGAAACUGGAAUUACAUGUUUUUACGGACGCGUCAAUAAAAGCGAUGUGCGCCGUCGCAUACUGGCGGUGGGAAGAAAACAAGAUAAUACGCGUUGCCUUCAUUGCAAGUAAGUGUAAGGUAGCACCAGUAAAACAAUUAAUGUCGGUUCCUCGGCUAGAACUUCAAGCUGCCGUUAUAGGAGCUAGAUUGGCGGAAACAAUAAUUAAACAGCAUAGAAUUAAGCCGCACAGGAAAUAUUUUUGGAGUGAUUCCACAACUGUAUUACACUGGGUAAAAAAUAGCGCGCGAAAUUAUAAAAUGUUCGUAGCACAUCGAUUGGGAGAAAUAGACGAACUUACUCGUGCAAGCGAAUGGCGUUAUAUACCCACAAAACUGAAUGUCGCGGACGCGGCUACAAGAGAAGUGUGUGAUAUGACCUUAUUCAGCGGCGCAUGGCUGUACGGGCCUACUUUUCUAUGCUGCGAUGCGGAUGAAUGGCCGGAAGAUAUGACUGGUACUGAAACAGAGCAAAUUAUCACAGAAUGUGUAAAUACGAUCAUUAUAGAAAAUAAGUUUACUUGCUUACCUGCUUGUCCCGAUCCGGCGAGGUUCUCUUCUUGGCUACGGCUGUUAAAGUCUACAUGCAUGGUGUUAGCGUUCGUGGAUAAAGUGUGUAAAAAGCUUACCGGCGAAGUUGAUGGUGCCAUGAUGGCGCGAGCGGAGCGGUUAUUGAUGCUGUACGCACAAGCUCAGUCAUUUGCUGAAGACCUGGAACACCUGAAAAAUCAAAACAUUUUAGACAAGAAAAGUAAAUUACUUACCUUAACGCCAUUCUUAGACGAGCAAGGCAUUCUUCGAGUGGGUGGCCGCAUCGACGCUGCAACUGGAAUCCCAAGAGAAGUCAAGCAUCCUAUUAUAUUAGACGGGCGUCAUCCUAUUGCAAGACUUAUUGUAAUGCAUUAUCAUAAAAAAUUCGCUCACGGGAAUCAUGAAACAAUAGUAAAUGAAUUGAAACAACGAUAUUGGAUAACACGCCUGCGCCCUACGGUCAGAACCGUUGCAUCGAAAUGCAUGCUUUGUCGUAUUCGCAAAGCCCAACCGCAACCACCUCGAAUGGGAGACUUACCAGAAGCACGACUAGCACAUCAUCAGCGACCAUUCACAUUCUGUGGUUUGGAUCUCUUUGGUCCAAUGAAAAUCACAGUAGGACGUCGACACCAAAUUCGAUAUGGAGUGCUAUUCACAUGUAUGACGAUAAGAGCCAUACAUAUAGAAAUAGUACACACCCUCACGACGGACUCUCUGAUAAUGGCGCUCAGAAGAAUGGCGGCACGCAAAUCAUGGCCUUUAAGAUUGUUCUCGGAUAACGGAACCAACCUAAGAGGAGCUGAUACCGAGUUAAGAAAGUCGAUUGAAGAUCUAGAUCAAGAAGUGCUUAAGAGAGAGGCCGUUAACUAUGGAACCACGUGGACCUUUAUACCCCCACGUAGUCCCCACUGGGGUGGAGCGUGGGAAAGAUUAAUCAAAAGCGUGAAGACAGCUCUCAAAGUUGUUCUCACAGAACAGGCCCCGAAAGAAGAGGUUCUGCUCACGCUGAUGGCGGAGGUGGAGCAGAUUGUCAACAGCAGGCCACUUACUCACGUAUCUGUCGAGCCCGCCUCGGCAGAAGCCAUCACACCUAACCAUUUUCUUAUAGGUACCUCGUCAAACCUUCCUGUGCUGGGGGAGUUCAACGACUCUGGCAGGUUCCUGAGGAGGCAAUGGCGUACAUCCCAGCUCCUGGCUGACUGCUUCUGGCGUCGCUGGGUAAAGGAGGUCCUUCCACAGAUGCUGCCAAGAACUAAGUGGCUAGGAGAGUCCCAGCCGGUACAGGUCGGGGACUUGGUGGUCAUCGCCGAUCCAAAUAUGCCACGAGGAGUAUGGCCCCGGGGCAUAGUGGAAGCCGUGCUGCCAGGCAAGGACGGACGCGUACGGGUCGUGGACGUGCGGACGAAGUCGGGGCUGCUGAGGCGACCGGUGGCACGCGUCGCAGUACUACCAGUGAAGAGCGAGUGCUAAAGCGCACUGGGGUGGAGAGUGUCACCGACGCGUAUUAAUAAUAUUAUGUACCUACCUAAAUGUAUUAUAUAUCUGAGUUUAAAUAAAAGGCGAAACGGAACGUGUGUGGUAAACGUCAAUGUCAGUAAAAUCAAAACGUCACUCGUUGACAACCAAUUUGAAAACCAACGACUCUUACUUCACCCGAGCAACGGUCACCACACACGUAUCCAAAGAAAUAAGCCGAUUUUACCAAAAGCUGUGUUUUUAUUGAGC